CGAGACAUAGAGCACCCGACAGGCGACGUUUACAAGCAGAUCAGACCUGAAUAAACCAGGUCUGUGCAGAUUUAACAGCAUAGAGUGCCGCCUCUGGCCCAGGCUGCAGCCAUGCCUCUUCUGGAAGAGACCACUCUGCCACAAGAGCACCCACCCACUGUCCCUGUGGUCAUCAUAGGUAAUGGACCAUCAGGAAUUUGUCUAUCCUACCUACUAAGUGGAUACAAGCCCUACCUAGAUACAGCAACUGUCCACCCAAACCCGAUACUCUAUAGGAAACUACAGGAAACCAAGCAUCUACCCAUCACUGAACAAGAUCUUGAAUAUUUGAGCGAAGGUCUUGAGGGGAGAUCAGGGAACCCAGUGGCUGUCCUUUUUGACACACUACUUCACCCCAAUGCCGACUUUGGCUACGAGUUUCCCCCUGUCCUUCAGUGGAGGAGGGAAAAGCAGCAGCACAUCCCACAUCUGGUGCUUGGGAGGGCAACACCUGGAGGUGCUUGGCAUGCAAUGGAAGGAUCCAUGCUGACUAUCAGUCUUGGCAUCUGGAUGGAGCUACCUGGGGUAAACUACAGAGACUUGACCAAUGGGAAACGCAGGGAUGUAACCAGCGACAGAGCCACCCCAGAGGAGAUCUCAUCCUAUUACCGUAACUAUGUGAAGCUGAAGGGCCUCCAAAAGAAUUUUGUCGACAACACCUAUGUAACCUCUGUCCAGAAACUUUGCCGGGGGCAUGACGAGGAAGGUCUCGAAAAUGGGCACACUGAUCAAGGAGAUGGAGGGGUAGGUGAAGGUGGCAAUGAAGGCUUUGAGAGAAAUCAAGUUGAAUGUCUAAAUAAAGAAGUAGGUGGGGCUCUCUGGGAAGUGAGAGGAUACCAACAGUUGCAGAACGACGCUCAUGUCCCCUUCUCUCUGUUCGCCGAGAAUGUAGUUCUGGCCACUGGUGCGAGCGAUUCGCCAGUCCGAUUAGGUGUUGAGGGUGAGGACCUACCAUUUGUAUUCCACAGCAUCUCAGACCUGGGUCUGGCCCUAAACCGGAGAACACUUGAUAUGAAGUCUGAUCCAGUUUUAGUUGUUGGUGCUGGUUUAAGUGCUGCAGAUGCAGUUCUAUGUGCCUGUAACAGCAACAUUAGAGUGUUGCAUGUCUUUCGUAAGAACAUAGACGACCAAGACCUCAUCUUCAAACAGCUGCCUAAAACCCUGUACCCAGAGUAUCACAAAGUCUACAACAUGAUGUGCUCUCAGACCUACAUCAAUGUAGCCGCAUCCUCCGCUUCUAACAGACCCCAGACAGUGAGUAUUGCCUCCUCAGUAUGUGCCAAGAUGUGCCCAAAGCCCCAACUUGCUGCAGGUAACACCGCUGGUAACUCCAGUGUCAGCCUAUUUCCUGACUAUACCAGUUUCCCAGAACACUGCGUUGUGUCUUUCCAGUCUGACAUGAAGUGCUUGCUUCAGGGGAACAACUCUCUCAAAGCAUUCAAGAUCUCCAUGGUCCUAGUGCUGAUUGGGACCAACCCAAACUUGUUUUUCUUGAAGGGGCAAGGCCAGUACCUGGGUCAGGAUCCAACAAAACCAAUCAGCUGCAAGCAGAACCCUAUUGACAUCCACCCUUACACUUUUGAGUGCACCAAGGAGCCAGGUCUGUUUGCCAUGGGCCCACUUGUCGGAGACAACUUUGUUCGCUUUUUGAAGGGUGGUGCAUUAGGCAUUGCCUCCUGUCUGCUGAAGAGACUCAAGAAGAAAGGGAAGCUCAUUAGCAAUGGAGGGAAUACUUUCAUUUGAAAACAUGAUAGAGAGAACAGCUGUGAAUGCUGGUCGCAUUGCAAAGAUUACAAGCACUCUCACCAUCAAAUGUAGGUGGUGAAUGGGAAAACAAAAGCUUUUAAUAUGUUACAUUUAUUUAUGGAGUUUUUCUCAUCGAAGCUUUAGCAUUUUACAACUUUCCAAGACCAAAAAGACAAUGGAUGUACACUAAUUAGUUUCUAAAGAAACAAAACACAGCUUUCAAGAGUCUUGUCUGACUUCAUGAGAAGUCCCUGAAAGUCCAAGCUACCAUGUGCCAAUGUUUCUGAGUCAAUCUGUAACCUCAUAACUGAAUGGGACCUUAUUUUUUAAUCAGGGUUAUUUAUUUGUUAAGUAUGUGUCUUUCAAUUUAAUUAACUUUCAUGUCUUUAAUGGCUGUUUUAGCCCAGUUCAAGUCAUAGACUGUAUAGAACAUGGAUGUAGUCUCAGCGAUAUCACUUGUUGGUAACUGAAGGGAUGUUUUGAAGCCCAUGGAUGGCGGGCCUUCCGCCUUCUAGCAAACUGCUACAAUGCGUCCACUUGCAGUCACAUUAGCCAAGCCCCUAGUUAUUUAUAACUCAUAUUCUACUAACUUGUUUUUGUCCCUUGUUGUUUACAUGGUAAAUUCUUCUGUCAACAUGAGCAUUUUAACAUUAUGUGACUUCUGGGGCUUGGGGGCUAGACUCAAUUGGACACUUGAUGAACUGCAGUGUUUUGCACUUCUGCAUUGGCUUCAUUUUAUAACACCGGAGGUUGCCGCUUGCUUCAGGUCUUAUGUUAGCCUAGCAUUAAGAGUGAGAACUCCAAAAAAAUGUAGAGGCCACUACCGUCAUUCUGCAUGAAACUUUUAGUUAAAUGUGUAAGCAGUGGACACUAGUAGAACAACCAGUGCUCUCACUUACAAAGUCACAAUCAUCUGAACUUUAAGUAAUACCACCUCAAGUGGUGAAUGUUUGCAGUAGUGAAUGCUCACUAGAUUUUAGAAAGUGGGACCCAAGUUCAUGGCUAAGCAAUGUAAAUGUUCCUGUAUAUUCUGAGCCCAACAGUUUUUUUAAAUGCAGGUGAGUCAUUUUAGCUGCUAUUGUAGGUAGUUGGAGCAAUACUAUUAAAAACUUAGUAAAGCCUAUUACAUUUAUACUUUUUCCGUUGCUUUGGAGUUGUACUACUGAAAGGCUAUCUAUGCAAAUCAAAUAUGUUUUCUUAGGCACCCAUUUCUUUUUUAUUUUGGUUAAACAAAAACAUCAGGAGAGACACAACAGGAAGUCACAUCGUUUGCUAGCCCUGCAUACGACGUUUUGAUGAUAGCAGAGGUGUAGAAGAUUAGCCUGCCAAUAACAAAAAAUGUGACUGAAGAUAUGCUCCCAUUAAGUUUUGUGGAAGGAUAAGGCAACGUCAAUGGGAGUAGAAAAGACAUUCUGUCGACAAAGUGGCUACAGUGUCUGUUAGACACCUCUAACAACAGAGUCAUUUGUUAUCAGCACUUAUCAUAAUAUUCAGAACUGGGAUUUGAUGAAGAUUUGCAAGUGAUCGAUUACUCGUUCAUGAGGUAUUGAGAGUUCUCAAAUAUUAAAAUGACAUAAAAUGCCCACCCUUAACAUCUAGCAAUUACCAGGUCAGACUUCUCCAACAAGAGUAAUUGAUUUUUUUUUAAAAACCCAACUUCACAUAUUCAAAAAAAAAAUUCUUCUUCCAUAUUUUCGUACAGCUUCCAAGCGUCAAGGACACAAAAGUGUAGUCAGGUUUGGAGCAGUGACAGUAGCAACCUAUUCUUCUUUCCUCUAUAUUUUCCUUCCUUUUCAGUCAUUUAAACAUUGUGUGCAGGAUUGUGAUGUGUUAUGCAUAAUUAUUAUUUUGUGUGCCGCUCACGCACAGCUCAUGGUUUGUUUAUUGUGAUGUGACUCUUUGAUCCCGUUGAUGGAAGACUUUUCUUCUGCACCCCACAAUACAAUAUGGGAGACAAGUCAGUAUUUUAGGUAAUGCAUCUCUGUAGUCACAUUAUUUUUUUCCACUAACAUCGUAGUUUAACAUACUGCUGUAUACAUUUUGGUAAUGAUAUAACAGAAAAC